AAACAUUGCAGCACCUAUUUUGAUUGUGUCACCAGCAGCACGUCUCCUCGCAUCGCAUCGGAGCAAAUCUCAUUUCUCAUUUCUCUCGCCUCCCUCCCAUGGAUCCUUACAAGAACCGCCCGUCCAGCGCCUUCAACUCACCUUUCUUUACCACCAAUUCCGGUGCUCCCGUGUGGAACAACAACUCCUCAUUAACAAUCGGAACUAGAGGACCAAUUCUACUUGAGGAUUAUCACUUGGUGGAGAAGUUAGCUAAUUUUGAUCGAGAGCGGAUUCCAGAACGAGUUGUACAUGCCAGAGGAGCAAGUGCUAAAGGGUUUUUUGAAGUAACUCAUGAUAUUUCUCAUCUGACGUGUGCUGAUUUUCUUCGGGCUCCAGGGGUUCAGACACCUGUUAUUGUUCGGUUCUCAACCGUUAUCCAUGAGCGAGGAAGCCCUGAAACCCUCAGGGAUCCAAGGGGCUUUGCAGUGAAGUUUUACACUAGAGAGGGUAACUUUGAUCUGGUUGGAAACAAUUUUCCGGUCUUCUUUAUUCGUGAUGGAAUGAAGUUCCCAGACAUGGUUCAUGCCCUAAAACCAAACCCCAAGUCUCACAUACAGGAGAAUUGGAGGAUCCUUGAUUUCUUCUCCCAUCACCCAGAGAGUCUCCAUAUGUUCACCUUCCUCUUUGAUGAUUUGGGUGUCCCACAAGAUUACAGGCACAUGGAAGGUUCAGGUGUUAAUACUUACACCCUGAUCAACAAGGCAGGCAAAGCACACUAUGUGAAAUUCCACUGGAAACCGACUUGUGGGGUCAAAUGUCUAUUGGAGGAAGAAUGUGUUAAGGUCGGGGGUGGUAAUCACAGCCACGCCACCCAAGAUCUUUAUGAUUCAAUUGCGGCACAGAACUAUCCCGAGUGGAAACUCUUCAUCCAAACGAUGGAUCCUGAUCAUGAAGACAAGUUUGACUUUGACCCGCUUGAUGUGACCAAGACAUGGCCCGAGGACAUAUUGCCAUUGCAGCCUGUGGGACGUUUGGUGUUGAAUAAGAACAUCGACAACUUCUUUUCGGAGAAUGAGCAGCUGGCAUUCUGCCCUGCCAUUGUGGUUCCUGGCAUUUAUUACUCUGAUGAUAAGAUGCUCCAGACACGGAUUUUCUCCUAUUCUGACACACAACGAUACCGCCUUGGCCCUAAUUAUCUCCAGCUUCCUGUCAAUGCCCCCAAGUGUGCUCAUCACAAUAACCACCAUGAUGGGUUAAUGAAUUUCAUGCAUAGAGAUGAAGAAGUAAACUAUUUCCCAUCAAGGUAUGACAAUUGUCGCCAUGCAGAUCAGUACCCUAUUCCUCCACGUGUGUUGACAGGAAAGCGCGACAGGUGCAUAAUUGAGAAGGAGAACAACUUCAAGCAGCCAGGAGAGAGAUACAGAUCCUGGGCACCAGAUAGGCAAGAAAGAUUCGUCCGGCGAUGGGUUGAGGCACUGUCUGACCCACGGGUCACCCAUGAAGUGCGCAGCAUUUGGAUUUCAUACUGGACUCAGGCGGAUAAGUCUCUUGGGCAGAAGAUAUCUUCACAUCUCAAUGUGAGGCCGACCAUGUGAAGAUGAUGAUGAGGUUUGGGUUGCUUGCUAAUUAAACAGCUGCAAGGGAAUACACAUAUGAUUAUUACUAUUAUAUGCCACCAUUUGAGUUGGGUGUUUGUAUUUCGUCGCAAGUCAUAAAGUAUGUUAUGUACUUAACCUGUGUGUUGUGGCAACAGUCAGUAACCUUGGAAAUUAAAUUUACUAUGUCUGAAUAAAUGUUGUCGUCUGUC